AGAGUUGCAUGUUUGACUGAAAAACGGCUGUAAAUCCGCCAGGGGAUUUAACGAUUCUGUCAUUCUGGACUCACUAAGUCAGCCUGACCUUCUGCUGCAGGACAAGCGGCGUCGACAUCACCCCUGCUCUGGAGCAAAGCUCUUAAUUUUUCAUUUCCACCUUAAGACCGCGGAUAAACAGAACAUCUGGUUUUAAUCUCAGCAGCCGUUAAAUAAAUCUUCUCAGAAGCAACACGUUUUCCCUUCUCAACUCCGCGCGUCUUGGCGCGCCGCGCGCCCUGGCGCCGCUGGAGACCGCAAAGGGUUAAACGGGGUGUUAAAGCAAUCCCUUUAACAGGCAGGUGCCCCCGCUCGGCCCCAACCCCAAGCGGAGCUCCGACUUAUUAAAACAGCUUCUUCCUGCAUCGCAGGAGCAGCUCCUAAUUGUCUUAUUGCGAGCCACUUGGCGAGUGAUGGCCGCAGAUUAGGGAGCGAAGAGCAGACCGCCAGCGCCGCGACUUCACCGGGACUCAUCGGCUCGGACCGCAUCAAGUUGCUUCCUGUCGCCCGGCAUUUCUUUGAGCAAGUGUAAGUGGGUUGUUGUUUUUUUUUAAGGGGGGAGCUGGAUCACAGACCCGCAGCUCUGUCUCCGAUCUUCACCACUUGUCGAGUUGAGAUGCGCUGGAUGCUGUUUCCACGGUGGAUCUGGUUCCUGGCGUGCGCGUCCGCGCGGAUGGAGCUCGGCGGCGCAGCUCUGCCCCGUGUCACCUCCUCGCACGCGGGCAUCUGCCCCAAUGAGAUGAACCCCAAACUGUGGGUGGAUGCCAUGAGCACCUGCACGCGGAAAUGUGAAUCAGAUGAGGAGUGUGAGUCCUUUGAAAAGUGUUGCCAAAAUGUCUGUGGGAACCACAGUUGCGUUGCUGCCCGCUACGUGGAUGGGAAGAAGGGCCCUGUGGGAAUGCCCAGGGAAGCAUCGUGUGCCAACUUCAUCUGCACCCAGCAGGGCUCCGAGUGUAUCAUCUGGGACGGCCAGCCCGUGUGUAAAUGCCGGGACCGCUGCGAGAAGGAGCCGAACUUCACCUGCGCCUCAGAUGGCAUGACUUACUACAACAAGUGUUUCAUGGAUGCAGAGGCGUGUUCUAAGGGCAUCACCCUCUCAGUUGUCACAUGUCGAUUCCACCUCACCAACACGAGCCCUUCGCUUCCCCAGGUGACCACGCUUCGUCCUACGACCGCCCCCUUUCAGCCCACCGUCCCGCUACAGAUGGAACCUGAACAACCUGUGUUGGUCACCAGCCCCGUUCAUCAGACCGUAAACGUGGGCGAAACAGCCAGCUUCCUGUGCGAUGUCACCGGUCAACCCCGGCCUCAGAUCACGUGGGAGAAGUGGCUGCCCUUGGGAGUUGUGAGGGUGAUAAUGAGGCCCAAUAAUGUGUUGGGGAACAUGGUGGUCACAAACAUUGGCCAGCUGGUCAUCUAUAACGCCCGGCUGCAAGAUUCUGGGGUCUAUACCUGCAUGGCUUGGAACCCAUCUGGUUCAGUCCAGGUCCACCACCAGCUCACUGUGCUCUCAGCAGAGGUGUUCAGCACUCUGGGGCCCAAGAACCUGACUCGCUGCCUCCCUGAAGAAUGCCAAAACCCCUUUGACAGCCAGGAGGACUGUGGAACGGAGCUGGAGAAAGUCAGCUGGUAUUACGAGCCCAAAUCCAACAACUGCUUUCCCUUCAGACACUGCCACAGCAGCAAUGACCAGUCGCCCAGAAAGGUGUUUGACACGUACGAGGGUUGCAUACGGUGCUGUGGACCGGAGCUGUCCAGGCCCUGUGGACUGCCCGCCCUGCAGGGCCGCUGUAAGGCCUAUGAGCCCCGGUGGGCGUACAGUACCACCAUGGGCGAGUGUCAGCCCUUCGUCUACGGAGGCUGUGAAGGAAAUGACAACAACUUUGUGUCAAAAGAGCUCUGCGAGGAGAUGUGCCCCUUCCCAAAAAACCACCGCUGCAAAGCUUGCAAGCUGAGAGGCAAGAUGGUGACUAGCUUCUGUAGGAGCGACUUUGUGGUCCUGGGCCGCAUGACGGACAUUAUGCAAGAGAAAGACUCAGGCCACGCCCUCGUGACUGUGGAGGAGAUCUUUAAGGAUGAGAAGAUGGGUUUGCACUUCCUCGGCACAGAACCUCUCGAAGUCACUUUCCUCAACAUGGACUGGAACUGCCCAUGCCCAAACAUAACGGGCGCGGCCGCCGAAGGUCAGCUCAUCAUCAUGGGCAACGUCAGCGAAGGAAUGGCCGUCCUCCAGUCCGAAAGCUACGUGGGCUCCUCCAGUCCCCGUCGGGUACGGAAACUGAAAGAGGUCAUCUCGAAGAACACCUGCGACAUCCUCAAAGCAAUCGCCAACAGCCCUCAGUAGGUUUCUCACUGCACAAAGCGUAGACUUGACAAAACUGAACAAACUGUUGUGAGCUCGACCUCAAUGAGGCACUGUUUGAAUCUUUUGAUUCGAAAGGUUAUGUUUCUUGGAAUGUUUUGCUAAUUUUUUGUCCCCCAGUUGUAUCUUGUUCAUCUAGGAUUUUGAAUAUUUUAGUUUCUGUUUUGCCUAAUAAAACAAACUAAAUUAAGAUGUCCUUAAUUUUUGUUUUAUUGUGUUGUGAACAGGCAUCUGCAUUGCAGAUUUAUUUUGCUUUUACUUUAGUCAAAUCUAAUGGCGUCAGAUCGCUAAUGAUAACCUGAAAACACUUAAAUACAGUGUUAAAUUGUUUUAUUUAUUUAUAGAAGAAAAAACAAAAAAAUCAACCUUGUUUAAGGUGAAAAUUUGUUAAACUAUAUAAGUGAACAAAUUUUUAAAUUACAAAAUGUAACAAAUGCUAAAUAAUAAAAUUCCUGCAAUUGACCAUAAUUUUUGGAACGUUGAUUUCAAUCAACAUCUCAGUAUGGAAACGGUUACAGAGCCAUUUCUAAUCUUGAUGCUUUAGUGGUUUUGUAUUCACCCAAUUUUUCUGUCCAAUAUAAAAAUAGAAUUUACGAUACCAAAAAGAAUAAGCAGAAACAACAGAAAUUUAUUGGGGGCCAAUCGUUUUUCACUGCACUGUAGCUCAUUACUAAUUAUUGUUACUUUUCAUGACCUCCAGCAGAAUGAAGAACAGAUCUUUUUCUAUUUUUCAUAUAAUUUAAAUGGCCUUGUAUGUGUAUAGUCUAUUGUUACAGCUCUACUUCCAAUCAAGAACUUUGUAUAUACACAUUAUAUCAAACCAAAGUACCUGUUAAACGUAAUAUAAGCUUUGAUGUAUUUGAUUAAAAAUGAUUUGUUAUUACAACUUUGUUGUUGUUUCUUUACAACCAAUUUUGUACUAUUUUUUUUACUAACUUUGCUUUUCUUUUGGGGCUAUUUAUUGCCAUGUAGGCUUUGUAUUUUACUGUGUAUGUAAUAAUAAAUAAAUGGAUUUUUAUAAUGUGUCUCA